AUGCCGUACAGCCCCCGUCCCCGCGUGAGUCGUCUUCACACAUUGGUAUUGUUAAGUACUUAUUCCAGCUUAGAGGCUUUCAGCUGUUACAAGAAGGACGUAGCUGUGCCCCGCGCCUUAACAGACGAGGGCGGUACCAGUGGUCCUGAUCGGUGCUUCCUCUCGUACUGUUCUGAUCUACUCUUCAAUACAUCGCAGUAG